GUGAGUGUUUAGCAAAAGCUGUGUUAGAAUGAUCAUGGACUAUUCUAUUUAUUAGAGAUUGGAUUUCCCUUCCCGCAAGGCUAGGCGCACGAGCCGAUUUUCUUGGCUUCACCCAACUACUUCGUUGCACGUUGAACUGCCAUUCUUCAUCCCUGAUUAUUUGCUAAAUUCAAAUAAAAGGAACUUUAUCUCUCUUGGGCCUGAUUCUUUUCUAAUUAAAUUAUUUCGCAGGUCACUAAAUAAUUGUCUUUUUUAGGCCUAACAAUUGCCCCCAUUCAUGAUGAAGAUGAGAGGCGCGCAAACCGGGAAAUCGUCAUCAUGAAUUUGAAAUAUUGAGGUGUCCUUUCCGAUGCUUAGUCGAUUCUCGCGUAUACCAAGAAACCUACUCGGUCUAGAUUUCUCCACCUUUCCAAAUUCUCCCAGUCGUAUACUUGAGCAUUCUUCCGUCGGUUAUCUUCAUUCCAAGUCAAAAUUUCUCUUCACCGCUGCCAUGGAACCCGUGUCAUUCUCCAGCCAAGGCGUCUUCGAAGCAAAGAACCUCAGAGCCGGUGACUUGCGUGCAAAGGACAAGGAAGAAAUAGAAUCGACGUACGGCUUCCCCGCCUCCAUCAGAAUCCGAUAUCCCUCCCGAUCAGAGAGAGUAGACUAGGUGUCCCCUGGCUGGGUAAACUUCUAUCAAUAUCCUUUCAAGAAACUUGGGAUUCGCUUUCCCUUCUCCGACUUGGUGCGCGGCUUUCUGAUUUUAGCAAAAGUUUCCCCCUGUCAAGUGAUGCCUCAGACGUGGAGGAUACUACGGUCCCUGGAAUUUCUGAUGGAGAAGGAGACCCUAUCUUACUCGGUUGAUGACCUUGGCUUCACCUAUGACUUGCGUAAUUCGGGCAAGGGUAGGUUUAUCUUGACGGCUAAAACUGGGAUGGAACCCCUAAUCUUGGGUGUCGAUGGUGCGAACGACAGAGGUUGGUUAUCUAAAUUCUUUUAUGUUGAGAGAUCUUCAUUGGGUGAAGUUGGGGAUCUUCUUCCUGACCGCUUAAGGACUACUGGUGAAACGAAGACGUUCUCUUUGGAUUUUGGGCCGCGUGCUGCUGAAAGGACCAAUGCCGUCUUGGCACUGGAUUCCGAAGUCAGGUUGUUUUCUAAUCUGAAGAAGGAACUCCAAGGUAUGAAUGCUAACUCUUGCCCUAUUAGUCCCAUUCAUGAUGGCUUGCGGCGCUCCGUACGGAACAUGUCUAAAAUGAUUUCUUCAUGUCAAGAUACAACAAUCAUUUCUGUGGAUAGCUCCGAAAAGGAGGAAGAUACUAUGAGUGAAACGGGGAAUGCGAAUGCUCACACUUUCCCUGAGUACUGUGUGUCUGUUCCCAAACCUGUGAUUGCACCCAAAGUUCCUAGUUGCAUUGCGGCCACUUCAUCCUCGUCUGGAAUGCGUAGACCACUGAACCCUCUUGAUUUGUCGAGUCUCACCUCUAAGAGGUGGAAGAUGGCUCCUCCAUUGCCCCCAAGUGGUAGCUCGGCCUCCUUGGUUACACGUUCAAUUCCAUCGGCGCCUAUCCUCUCCAAGCCUGCUUCACUCUCGCUUGAGUUCUCAUCAUACUUUUGUCGCCUGGAUAAUGCUUUGCGGAUGAAGGACGAAAUCUCUCAGAUGCUGCUUCCUUCUGCUUCCUCCACCUUUGCGGGUUUCGACAAUAUCGAGAUCCUUAUUGCCUCCUCUGCGCUGGCUUUCCAGGUGAUCCAAGCCAAUUUAGCAGCUGCUCAGCGUAUUCGUCCCUUGGCUGAAGAACUGACAUCUUCCAAACAACGCGAAAAAGAAGCAAAGAAGAAAACUUCCGAUCUUGCUCAAGAGAAAUUUGCCAUAGAGGAGAAGAUGCAGGUUCAAGCUCGACUGAUCAACAAUUUGCAGGUAGACUUGAGGACCCGUGAUGCUAGGAUCAAAGGUCUGGAGGAGUAUGGUAGGAGAAAGAGACAAGAGGUGGUAGAUGCUGCGGCAUAUUAUGCUUGGCAAACCAAAAAGGACAUCAUGAAGUCCUACUUGGCUGGUGAAGCUGACAAAUGGACUCCAGAAGAGGACAUCAACGCCUGAAAUAUGUACUUUGAAGGUGUGGAGCCUCCUGUAGGUGAAGACGACUUUGACUUGGGUGCUUGUGAUACUGAGGCAACCUCUAUCCCAUGAUGCUUUUCCUUUCCUUCUGUUAGACAUUUCUGCUUACUUCGAGACUUGCUUAUCUGACCACAUCGCCUGGUAGUUUUCCAGUGGUUCGGUGGUCAUUAUUUUGAACAUUUGGUGGUUUACCCAGAACUUGCUAUGACAAUUUGUGUGUUUUUUGUUGAUUAUUGCUUAUGACCUUUGCCGUGGCGAUGUGUAUGUAUUAUUGUUCUGUCUUCGUUACCAUAAUUGUCGUGUUGUAGCUUCGUG